AGAAGCAAGUGAAAGUUCUGAGGUUGUAAAAAUGGAAUUGCGUUUGAAUCUGCAGCCUGAGGUUGGCAUUGUGAGCCUGGAGCUUGUGAGAAUGUAACGUUCCAAUUAGAUUACUUUCUAAGUGUAUACCUGCCCAUCAACAAUGGCUGGCCAAACACAAAGAGACCACCUAUUGACGCUGAAAGUAAUGCGCUUGACGAAGCCAGCUCUGCUAUCGUCAGUGCCGGUUAUCAAUGAACCAUGGGAUAUGCCAGGCUCGACGCUGGAGUCUGCACUGAAGGCGGACGUGCGUACGCCUAGUGGCUUGCUGAGGGCGUCACUUGGAGAAGUCCUGUCACUACCACAAAACUUUGGCAAUAUUUACCUGGGUGAAACGUUUUCCAGCUAUAUCUGUGUGCAUAACGAUAGUCAACAAACGGUGCAGGAUGUUGUGUUCAAGGCGGAACUUCAAACGGCAUCACAGCGCAUCACUGUAUACGGUAACCACCGUGGAAACUUGGUGGAAAUGGUUGGUGCUGCCAGCAUGGAUGAUGUCAUUCAGCACGAGGUCAAAGAGCUGGGCACACACAUUUUGGUCUGCACAGUUAGUUACCAGUAUCAGGGUGAGAAGCUACACUUUAGGAAGUUCUUCAAAUUUCAGGUUAUGAAACCACUUGAUGUCAAGACAAAGUUCUAUACUGUUGAGGAUGGUGAUUUGUUCCUGGAAGCACAGAUCCAGAACAUCAUGACACAACCCCUCUUCCUGGAGACAGUGGCCCUAGAACCGUCACACCUCUAUACCAUACAGACCUUGAAGGAAGAAACGGACACGACGGCGUUUGCCGAGGGCCGAGCGCGCUACCUAGCCGAUGGUGAUACUAAACAGGUUCUCUAUCGCCUCAAGCCCAAGCAAGUCAACUUUGCACGGAAUGUGAGUGCUGUGGGUAAGCUGGACAUUGUGUGGAGGACCAACUUUGGUGAGCGCGGCCGAUUGCAGACUAGCCAAUUGCAACACAUGAUAUCGGUGACACCUGAGCUACGUCUUCAAGUUCUCAUCUCCCCGAGUGUAGUAUCACUAGAACAACCGUUUGACAUCAGAGUGGCUGCUAUCAAUAUGACUGAACAUCAGAUGAACCUUCGCUUGGUAUUGGCAAAGUUAAAAACUGGCGGUCUUCUUUGGUCGGGUAUAUCAGGAAAGCAUAUCGGUGAGAUCACACCGGGUAGUCAAGUGGAGCUCACCCUCACCGCCCUGCCAGUUGUGUGUGGUCUACAAAGUAUUGGUGGCGUUAGAUUAACGGACAUCUCCUGCGGCAAGACGCACGAGUUUGAGAACUUUGCGCAGGUCUUUGUCCAGGAUCCAAGGAGUGCACAGUUAGACCAAGUAUUGUGAAGCACACUACCUUUCAUGGUCAGCGGCUCUCACUCUUUUUUUCUUUUUCUUUUUUUAAUGCUAUCAUGGUAUUGCUGGGCUUGUAAUCCGCUCAGGGGAUCUCCUUGACUCACCUCCCUUGCCUAACCAUGCUUUUGCCGAUGCUUCAAACACUUUUCAGACCUUGUACAUAUUUGUAUAUUACUCUAUCGCCUCCCUGGCUGACUAUAUCUGAGAGCUCUCCUUUUGUCAUUGCCUUGUAUAUUCUGUAAGUUAUCUUUGUGUGUGUGUGUGUGUGUGUGUGUGUGUGUGUGUGUGUGUGUGUGUGUGUGUGUGUGUGUGUGCGUGUGUGCAUGCGUGUGUGUGCAUGCGUCUGUGCGUGCGUGAGUGUUUUUUUUAUCUGCUCAGAACCUUAUUUGUUUGUUAGAGAAUUUCGGACACCUCCACAUGUAGGUUUUUAUCUGUGAGCUGCGCAUUCGCUUGGUCUUGUUUAUUACUAUUGAAAAAUGCUUCACAAAGUAUAAUUCUGUCGCCAUUCUGACUGAUAGAUAACAUUCUAUUGUGUAGCUUGCAGUCAUUUAUCGUGACGCUGUCACUGCAUCGUGAUUUUGAUUUCAAUGCUCUAGGCCAUAGCCAAGGCUGCUAACCUGUA